AUUUUUUGAGGUUAGGAGUCCCUCUGAGAGUGUUGGAAAAUCGUUUUGGAGUCACGAUCAGUGCCACAAAGGUACGAGUGUCCUUGCAAUAAUAAUUGUCGUGUUUUUAAUGAAAAAAAUCCUACGAAUUUCCGAUUGAACAUUAAUUCGGAGAGAUGGAAGUCGUUGAGGUACCUGAGGAGUCUGCACCGAGGACUCAGUUCACUGUCGAUGAUUUGGAUAUUGAAAUUUUACCUCUGAUUUACGAAAUCAUUCGGAGUGUUGAGAAGGAUCCGUACGACAACACUCAGAAGGCCAAAGAGUCACAGGACACUAGUCACAAGAUCCUAGAACUGCAGAAGAAAUUGGAUUCUGCAAGGGCUCAAAUAAAGCGUCUGCCAGGCAUAGAAUACAGCAAGGAAGAGCAAUUGCAGAAGCUGGAGACCCUCAGGAAACAAUUGAGACUGAAACGAGAGCUUCUGCUGAAAUACCGUAACAUGUGCACCUUCGAAGUGCCAAAAGUCUCUUAAUUAAG